GUAAAAUUAAACGACUACCAUUCAUUGACUCAGCCGCUCCUUCUCCGUUCCACUCUCUUUAGAAUCGUAAUUACUUUAGCAGUGCAAGUAUGCACCGCCGAAAGUCCAGCAAGGAAGACGUAGACGAUGGUGAAACAUUUGUGCUCAUACCAGACAAUGAGCCAACGACGACACCUACGCUGACAGCGGCACCUGCUAGUCUUCGACAACCACAGCUUGGUCCAGGAAUACCAGCACGUCCACCAACAGUGAGACGUCCACCUAGCAUUUCUCUAAAUUCACCGCCUAGCUCGCCCUUCCGUGCAUCGCAUACUCGCGUACGAAGCAUAUCGUCAGGUCCGUUUAUGCCACCCGUGCCAUCCCCGCUCGCCAAUACGUUCCAUGUCCCACUUCAUCCAUUUGAACCGGGUCAGGUUGACGACCCGCCAGAACCACUCAGAGGACACGGCCGAAGACACGGCCGGAUGCAUUCGCGCAACCUAUCAAUAUUCUUUCCCCGCUCACACGCAACCAUCUCUGAAGAUCUCACUUCAGACCUUGAGUCUUCCCCAAAUAACAAUUCACAAUCCCGAACCGACCUCCAUAUACCCGCAUCACAAAGCGAGCCCCUUCAGAUCGGGCACGACCGUACAGCUUCUUUUUCAUUCGGCUCCUCGGGCUCUAUCUCCAAAUCAAACUCUGCAGGUGCAGUACCAGCUAGUGUGACAGCGCGUAGAGGUCAUCAUCAUAAACAUUCCCUCUCUCAUAACUUCUUUUCUUUCCUUGACCCUGUUCGUCAAUCACAACCGGUAACUAAACCUGAGGAGUUGCAUACGGCUCCUACCCCUGCUCCGAUGUCCCCAUGGAGUUCAGCGACCAACGGUCAAAGCGGAGAAAGCAUAAGCUCUAGCAAGGUCGUUCUCACAGCAGGCACCAGCUCUCCUUCCGGCUCAGAAUCCCCUGCACCCUCUCCCUUGCCUUAUCAUACCCAAUUUUCUUUGAAUCUAAGCAAAGGCGGUCUUUUGGCGCAAAUUGCAUGCAUAUUGCAAUUCUGUUUGGGCGGGUUGGUCUGGGUGCGCGGGCAGGCUAUCGGGUCGCUGGCGUGUACAGGUUUAGGAUAUUGGGUCGUGUUCGAUGCAUUUGGAAUCGCAGUGGGUGGGCCUCUUCUUGAGAGAAGCAAGGGUGGUUUUUGCCCAAGACGCACACAAACAACCCUCCUCUUCGCCCAAUGCGUCUACCUCAUGUUCGCAGGCGUAUACGUGGCCAAAGAAGCUGUCGAACAUAUUCUGCUUUCUGCGGGACAGGGACACAGGGCACGGACACGGGCAACCUUCCCCUUCUCCCUCCCUUCCUUCCGCGUUAGCUUUGAAUGCAUCACUCAACACAGUCGAAGGUAUCACGCGAGGCCUGGGUCUGCACGGCGCAGAUUUCGUAUUUCUGUUGUGUUUUGGUUUUGGUCUUCCGUUGUUCUGUUUCUUGUGCGGGGGAUCUGCGUUGCAUCUCACACUACAUCCUACGUCAAUACCAACGGCAUCGUACACAGACUGUGUUACCCCCUCGGUCUCGUUAUCAUAGUCCUUCUCUCGCUCCUCGCUACUUCCAUUGCGUUUGAGCAUCAUGAUGUGUUGGUUAAAGGAAGAGGACAAGCGCCAUGGGAAAGAAUACUGAGGAACCCGUACGCUCUUCCUCCUAUUUUGUUUUGUGUGGCAAUUUUGGGGGGUGAGAUGGUUUUGGAUGUUACACACUACAUACCCUUCGACCUUUCUCUAGCGACUCUCCAGGUCAUCAUCACCACGCACGUCGCAUACGCAGCGUGUGUAGUCUUGGGUGGUGUAUUAUUGCAGACUGCACCUGCAGCAUCGUUCACAAUGAGUGCUGGCAGCGUGGGUGGUAUGGGCACGAAAGGCAUGGGUAUAAGUUCAAGAGGCACAAACACGCCAGAAUCCAAAAUGGAGUCCUUUUGGCGCGUCGUCCGCGAAAUUGAGCGACAUGAACACGUCACGAGUCUUCCUGCUCCGCAUGUGUGGCAGUCUGCGCCAGGGUCCUCCUUUUCGUCGGUAUUCCCGUCUGCGCCACGAUCCACUCUCUCACCCUCUGACUCCUCAUCGCCCUUUUCCAAUGUACCGAGAGGGCCGGAACCGCAGUUGAUAGUUACACUCUCGCCACAUGUCCCGUCUUCGUUGUGCGAUGAAGAAGUCUUGAAGUUUACACGGUGGGCGUGUGAGAAGGUCAGGGGGGCGUUCGUGGGUGAUGGAACGAGGGGGGUUGGAGUGGAGGUUGAGGUCAAGAAUCGCAAAGUAUUGAGGUGA